AAUAUCUGUUAAAAUUCAUAGUCUAACUAAAAAAAUAAACACGUUAAAAUAUUUACUAUUAUUAAUCUAGUUAAAAUUCUAAAUUUAAGCGAGGGAUAAUUUUCUGUUUUAUAUUGUAUAAAAUUAUGUUACAUUUAAUGUAAAUAAGUGUUUUAUUUAACGACUUCAUAUGUAAUAGAGUAAGAAUAUUAUAACAUAUUUUACAAUAAUUAUUAAUAAGAAUAUAAUAUAAACAUGGCUGACCCAGCACAAAGUAUGUUUGGAUUAUUAGUUAGUGGACGUUUGGUGCGUACUGAUUUUGAAUGUAUUGAAGAAACUAAACUAAUGAUAACAAUUCCAUCAGCUGAAUCUGUUAAUUACAUUUGUGUAUUCUUAACUGGUUUGAUUCCAUUUCCUGAAGGAACUGCUGGAUUUGUGUACUUUAGCUGGCCCGAUGAUCAUGCAAGACCAAACUGGCAAUUAUUGGGUAUAUUGUCCAAUCAAAAACCAUCUGCAAUUUACAAACUUUCAAAUCUUAAAAAACAUCAUGUAGAUUUAGUUAACGAACCAUCAAAUGCAUUUAGUCUAUUUCCAUCAGUUACAAUAAAUGCUCAGAUUGGUAUCUCAAUUGAACCUUUGAUUGAUAUUGAAGCACAAGUGGCCAAUACAGAACCUGUACAAAAUGUAUCAACAUUUAUUGAAUUCACUCAAAAAAUGGUUCAAAACCUUUUUAAUUAUGUUAGUAGUUAUGCAAUCGAAGUUGGACCACAACAACCUCCAGUAGUACCCUUAACUACUAUACAAAAGUGGUAUGAAAAUUUUGAACGCAAAAUGAGUCUGAACCCUAAUUUUUGGAAAUCGUAAAUUAUAUAUCAUAUCAAUAAUUAAUAAGCUUAAAAAUAAAUGAAGUUUUUUUCAAUGUUACUAAAAAAAGUGUGUUCAAAAAAUGAUAUUUCUAUUUUUUUAUUAUUGUUAAAUUAUUUUUUAAUACAUAAUAAGAUAUGCAAAUAUAUGUCCUUUUAUUUUCUCCACCAAACAAAUGAUCAAUGAUACAUAUUUGUUGAAAUUUGUCAUUGUAAUAUUAUCACUUUAUAGACAUAAUAACUUAAAUUAAAGUUAUAAAAUUUUUAAAUUCAAACUUAAGCUGAUUCUCCAUAGCUACAAAAGUUGUUUUAUUUUAGCCUUUUUCUUAAUAUCUGGUAUAUAUAAGUAAUCGAUUUAGUCUAAUUUAUAGUCAAUCCAGAGUAUUCUACCCUAAUGUAUGUAAAUAUUAAGAGAAUUUAGAAUUUUAAUUUUUUUUUUUUGUAUUGCUGUAAUAGAUUCUUAUUUUGGUGCAAAAACACUAAAAACUAUAAAAGUAAAAAUAAAAUUAUAAUUCUGGACCAUCCCAAUAAACAUAUCAUUAAACUUUCUAGUCGAAGCUUAUAAUACUUGUAUUUUAUCAUCUUAUCACGUUAAAUUUUAGUAAUAAAAUAUUUACUUUCCAA